AUGCGAGCACCCCCUCGACCCCCAAGGCUGCUAAAGGACGAGCAAUAUCUCACAUACCCAAAAUCGACUGCUGUUUACCCCACCCCCAACGCGGCUUCGAGUCUUCUUUAUGGACUUCAUAGUAGACUCAUUACCAACUCGAUGUUGCGCAAUAAAGUCUCGUCUUCUAUACAGAAGACUUAUGAUGAAUGCUACCUAGUUUGCUCUACCGCUGUCUACUUUGAAGGCCAGAACAAUGAAGCUGAAGCAUUACGGUCCUGGCGUUCUGCCCUCGAUCAGAUCUAUUAUCACAAUGCGUACAGAGUGCCUCCCAACUACGUCCCGAAGAAUGAGACCGAAAGAGCACUCCAAGAAUCGCUGAGGAACAUGGAGAUGCAAUGUAAAGAGCGAGUAGAUCUUCUGGAUGCGCUGAAGAAAAGUCGUAAGGAGGCGGAAAAGUCUAACAAGGAGUCUGAAAAGUCGAGUAUCAGCUUGAAUUCGACUGGGAAGCCAAUGGUCCCCCCUAAAAUCUCUGGAUCUGCAUCUAUACACAGUACACCAUCGAAUUGGAUGGGAGAAGGAACAGUCCCACCGACUUCGAAUUUUGAGCAGCUGAAAGUCCCUCCACCUCUACCUCAUCGACCAUCAGCUAUUCAGAGAGACUCCAAUACUGAACGACCCAACAGCACCCCACAGCAAAGCGCGAUGGUACCGCCACCAAAUCUACCAGUACCCCCAACGAGGACAUCUAGGACUCCUAGUCCUGACAAAAAAGGCGGGCGCGUAAUGCUUACAACCUUGCGAGGGCCAAAAGAUGCAAAAGGCAAACCUACGAAGCCGUUGAAAUCCUUGGGAGGACGCAGCAAUGUUCCUCCCGCAUCUUCCAAAGCGGCUGGACUUGCAUGGGAUGCAACGCCGAAAGCUAAUGGGUCAGGUGUGAGCCAAAGCUCAACGACAGCUACUGUAAAUAGUGGAGCAGAGACAUAUCGCCGAGAGAGCAGCACUUCUGUGGUCAUUCCGAGACAGCUUCCUAAUAGUGUCGUGGAUGGAGAAAAUGAAGGCCCAGAAAACAGCGGGCAGUCUCAGCCUGGAACCUCCACGCCCCCGACUCUGGCAUUUGCACAAGGACCACUGGGACCGCGAAAUUAUGAGGCCGCCAAGAAGACGGUCUCUGAAUCGUGGCGAUAUGACGACGAGGCACCUGAAUCUCAAGUUCAUCCCGACCUUGUCAGUCAUAAAGCAUCACCUCCAUCACUGCAUGAAGCCCUCUCAGACCAUGCGGUAAACCGACAGAAGGCCAAACCAUCAGUGGACUACCCAUCCUAUCGGACGGAAUUCCCUCCUACAGCGCCAAGCUCAAGGGCGACAGCAGAGUUCAACGCAAGGGUCCAACGUCGGGACGAGAGUCCGAGAAGCGCAAACCUGCCAAUACGACAGAAAUCCCCUCAACGGCGAACUCGAGCGCCGCUAGCGAAUGGUGUUGCAAGAAGGCCAGUAGCUAGUGUGUCUUCUCCGCGACCGUCGCGCAAACCUGGCGAUAAUGACAACCUUGAAUCAUCGGCCAGUAACGAUGAUGUUACUGAUCGAGGCCGCGAGGCCGCUCAGAAAAAACGAAAGCCGCUCAAAAAAUCCAAAUACGAAGCCAUCCCAGUUGAUCCAGCCUUAACGUCGCCUGAAAGCAAAGGUGAAGAUUCGCCGACAUCGGACUGCCCUCCAAAGACAUUUGAGGAAAGAGUGAAGCAUAUUCGAAAGCAUCUCCCCAAAGGAGUCGACGAGACUGCUGCGAAACAGAUCUUCAAUGAGAUUGUCGUCAGGGGUGAUGAAGUGCAUUGGGCCGAUGUUGCAGGCCUAGACGCCGCAAAGUCAGCGCUGAAAGAAGCUGUGGUCUAUCCUUUUUUACGACCUGAUCUCUUUCUGGGUCUCAGGGAGCCCGCCCGAGGGAUGCUUCUCUUUGGCCCUCCAGGUACAGGAAAGACUAUGCUUGCCAGAGCUGUUGCUACCGAAUCACGAUCCACUUUCUUCGCUAUAUCGGCUAGUAGCUUGACAUCCAAAUGGCUGGGCGAAUCUGAGAAACUUGUGCGCGCGCUUUUCUCUUUAGCUAAAGCGUUGGCUCCCUCCAUUAUAUUUGUUGACGAGAUAGACUCACUCCUUUCCUCCCGUGGUGGCUCUAGCGAACAUGAAAGCACGAGGCGCAUUAAAACCGAGUUUCUCAUCCAGUGGUCAGAUCUUCAACGCGCUGCAGCUGGUAAGCAAGGCGACAAAGACAAGAUUGAGGGUGAUCCCACCAGAGUGCUUGUGCUGGCAGCUACAAAUCUGCCUUGGGCCAUCGACGAGGCUGCUCGCCGGAGGUUUGUGCGACGGCAGUAUAUUCCAUUGCCCGAAGCGCCAGUCCGUGGGGAGCAAUUGAGGACGCUCCUCGGCCAUCAGAAGCAUGGCCUCAAUAAGCAGGACAUCCAAGUGCUCGUGGAGUUGACUGACAGCUUCUCUGGAAGCGAUAUCACUGCUCUGGCCAAAGACGCUGCUAUGGGCCCCCUGCGCAGUUUAGGAGAGGCGCUGCUCUAUAUGUCUACGGAUGAAAUCCGCCCAAUUAAUUUUUCCGACUUUGAGGCUAGCUUGAUGAACAUCCGACCCAGCGUGAACAAGCAAGGUUUGCAACAGUAUGAGGAUUGGGCGAGGGAAUUCGGAGAGAGGGGGUGUAGAGAUACCAAUCCAGAGCGUCCGUGA